CCACACAACUACUACUGGUUUAUCUUUAGUCAUGGAAAAUCAGCAGCAACGCCGUGAAUUGAUAUUCUUGCACUCCGGUGACUUUCUCCUUCAAAAUUCUAAUCGGGUAGUUGAGAAUUCCGUGGAUCAUGAUAAGUCUCCGAUCAAAGAAGUGGAUUUCUUUUCAAGUAACAACCACUUCCUUGAUCAUCAAAAGAGAAAUCAUGAAUCCUUAACUCCAUCUGAUUCGAGUAUAAACACAGGAUUGAAUCUCUUCAGUUCAAGUACCGGAAAUCCAUCAAGAACAGCGAAUGAUGGUAAAUCUAAAACGGAGCCGAGUACGCUCCAAGUUGAGUUAGAGAGGUUACAUGAAGAGAACAGAAAACUGAGAAGCUCGUUGGGUCAGAUAACAAAAAGUUACAACGAAUUGCAGGGUCAACUAAUCUUAGCAAUGCAAAAACAGGCACAUGAGAGUCAGGGAGAGCAGAAAGCUGAGUUGAAUGACAUGUCAAGUCUCAUAACGUCAGCCCAACAGUUUUUGGACCCACGGUUACCUUCUGCAUUAAAUGUUAACGAGACUUCGAUAUCCGACAAUAAGACUCAGGACCUGUCCAUUUCUCCGGAAAAUACCAGUGAAAUAGCGUCGAAGGAACGUGACCGUCCUAUGAUAAAGAUUCCCACAGGGAAGCAAAUUUCUUCUGAAAAUGGCUGUGACCAAACAUCACAGAAUUGGGGGACGUCCGCUCAAAGUCCAAAGUUCGAUCAAACAAUGAAUGAAGAGCAAGCUCCUGAGGCGCCCUUUAGGAAGGCUAGGGUUUCCGUAAGAGCAAGAUCAGAAGCUCCAUUGAUCAGUGAUGGAUGUCAAUGGAGGAAAUAUGGUCAAAAAAUGGCUAAAGGCAACCCUUGUCCGCGUGCCUACUAUCGUUGCACCAUGGCCACCGGAUGCCCAGUUCGUAAGCAGGUGCAACGUUGCGCAGAGGAUAGGACCAUUCUCAUCACAACUUAUGAGGGGAACCAUAAUCACCCUCUUCCUCCCGCAGCCACAAUCAUGGCUAGCACUACGUCGGCUGCUGCAGCCAUGCUCCUUUCAGGUUCAACCACUAGCAGCGAUGCUCUAACAAAUUCUGGGUUCACUAAUUCAGUGCCCCUUGCGUCAACAAUGGCUACCCUAUCUGCCUCUGCACCAUUUCCCACUAUCACUCUUGACUUGACACAUAGCCCAAACCCCAUGCAAUUCCUCCGCGGUCCUCCUUCCCCGCCCACAUUUCCUCUACCUUUUCAUGGUUGUCAACAACUCAUAAGGCAUCCAAUGUACUUGGCUGCUAAGUCACAUACAAUUCCAGCAUUGCAAUUAGGCCAACAACAUCCUUCCAUGGUUGAGACUGUUGCUGCAGCAAUUACUUCCGACCCGAAUUUCACAGCAGCUUUAGCUGCUGCAAUCUCAACAAUAAUGGGAACACAAAAGAGCAAUGAUGGAAACAGAAACAAUAACGAGCCAGCACCGGGGUCCCCGCAGCUUCCUCAAUCUUGCACCACUCUCUACACAAACUAGGAUACCAUUGCCGGUGUUUGGGCUUUAAUUUUACAAAUGAUAUUUAUAAGUAAUACUUUUCUCUCCUACAUGAAUAUGCUGGCUAGUUAUUUGGCUCUUAAGGGAAGAAGCCCUCGAUCGUUCGAGUUGUUUCAUAUAGCUGAUAGAUGUAUAGAUUCAGCAAUAACAUGCACGGAUGAUUAGGAUGCUAUAAAGACGAGCUAGCUAGCUUGGACCUGCAUUCUGGGAUCAAUGCUUGGGCUUCAAAGUUUCAGGCAUUGAAAAAUUGCCUUCUUGAGCCACACAGAUAAAUUUUGGCUUACCAUUACUUGUGUGUCAAAUUAUGAAAACAAUAUAUUCCAUUCCCAUGUCCAUA